UUUAUUUUCUUCCGCCACAGCUCGAAAUAUUCUUUCCUAUGAACUGACCACCUCAUAUCUCAAGAUGUCGUGAUAACCGUUCAUUAUUGCAUCUAGCUAAAUUCACAAAAAUAUGACGGGGAUUUUCAGUAAAUGUCACAUCUCGUUUGUUUUAUUUUUUACGCUCUAUUAUUCUGACGUUUUUAUAUUUUCGGCCGCGACCGCCCAAGAGAAUGAUGAGUCACUGGAGCUCAUGCUGCCAGAGGAUGCAGUGUCCGACUUGGAGAACAGCCCCAAGUUCGUGGAGUCAGAAGACCUGGACUCUCUGCCGAAGAGGCAGUUCAAGACAGCUGAGAUCGCAGAUGCUGUGAUGGGAACCGAAGCCCCCAUCGAUCCAUCUGACAUCGAAUCCCUAUUCCCCAAAAAUGUGAAAGACUUCCAGUCAGGCUUUUCCCCGCCUUGUGAUGAGAACAGUGCCCAGUGCGGUUCACCUGCUGUGGAUGCUAAAGGAGAGUCACAGGAGGACAUGAGUGCCGAAUCAUCACAGCAGAUCACUCUUGACAUAGUGCGUGCGGACAUCACGCCAACUGAGGAGCAGAACACCACAGAGGCCGCCAAGACGUACAAGGUGAACUGUGAUAAGAGGAACGUCACAGGAAUGGACAAUUUCACUGUGCAGGUCCUCAACGCUUCACAGGACCUGAUGGAGUUCCUGAAUGCUAACAGCACAGAGUGCUCUGUGGUCCUGUUCUUCACCGCCUGGUGCCAAUUCUCAGCCAGCCUGGCACCUCACUUUAACGCCCUGCCCCGAGUCUUUCCCAGCAUGCACUUCCUGGCACUGGAUGCAUCUCAGCACAGCAGCAGCCUCUCCACCAGGUUUGGGACCGUGGCAGUGCCCAACAUCCUGCUGUUCCAGGGGGCCAAACCCAUGGCUCGCUUCAACCACACAGACAGAACGCUAGAGACGCUCACCUCCUUCAUCGCUAACCAAACAGGGUUUGAAGUCAGCCCUGACAAAAACGUGACAGAUUUAGACCGUCUCGGACCUCUCCCCAGUGUCCCGGUGAAGAGCAUCGACUGGCUGCUGGUCUUCUCGGUCCUCUUCAUCACAGGUUUCACCUUGUACGCCAUCCUACGGACAGACAGCAUCCGCUGGCUCAUACCGGGACAGGAGCACGAGCAUCAGGACUGAAAACAAACGGACUGCAAGACACUGGAUGUAAACAAUUAUUUGAUAAACCAUUUCAUUUCUUAUUAAAUUAACAGUUGCUAAUUUGCCUUUAUUGUAAGUGUUUGAUGAACAAAAUAAACUUAUGUGAAACAUUGUGA